AUGCAUCAGCUGGAUUACGUCCCCGCAGGAAAAGAACUCUACCACGGCCUGUGGAUGCAGCACAAGUGCUACAACGUCCGCAUUCCGCACCUGUUUGGCUUUGGCUUCUUGGACGGCCACCACGCAAGGGCCUCCACCCAGGCCAACAUGCCCGGCGAAAUCACCGUCACCGGCUUCACGUCGCGCGAUGUACGCUUCCCGACGUCGCUCGACCGAACGGGCUCGGACGCCAUGAACGCGGCCGGCGACUACUCGGCCGCCUACUGCGUCCUCGAGACCGACGCGCAGCAUUCGGGCCACGGCAUGACCUUUACCAUUGGCCGCGGCAACGACCUUGUUUGCGCUGCCAUCAACCACGUCGCCGAGCGCGUCCGCGGCAGGACCCUCUCCUCGCUCGUCGCAAACUGGGGCCAGACCUGGCGCUUCCUGGUUUCCGACAGCCAGCUGCGCUGGAUCGGCCCCGAGAAGGGCGUCAUCCACCUCGCCCUCGGCGCCGUCGUCAACGCCCUUUGGGACCUCUGGGCCAAGGUCCUGGGCAAGCCCGUGUGGCGCGUCGUCGCCGACAUGACCCCCGAGCAGCUCGUCGACUGCAUCGAUUUUCGAUACAUCACCGAUGCCAUCACCCGGGACGAGGCCCUGGCCAUGCUCCGCGCUCGCGAGCACGGCAAAACGGCCCGUUUGCGGGACGCUCUGGAAAACCUAGCUGUCCCUGCCUACACCACAAGCGCUGGCUGGCUGGGCUACGGCGAGGACAAGCUGAGGCACCUCUUGCGCGAGGCCCUGGACCAAGGGUACAAGCACUUCAAGCUCAAGGUUGGCGGCAGUCUGGAUGAAGACCGCCGACGGCUCUCCAUUGCGCGCGACGUCAUAGGCUACGACCGGGGAAACGUGCUCAUGAUCGACGCCAACCAGGUCUGGUCUGUUCCCGAGGCCGUCGAGCACAUGCGGUAUCUGAGCGACUUCAAGCCGUGGUUCAUCGAAGAACCCACGUCGCCUGAUGACAUUGUGGGCCACAAGACGGUUCGCGAUGCCCUCAAGCCGCUGGGCGUCGGUGUUGCCACCGGCGAGAUGUGCCAGAACCGCGUCAUUUUUAAGCAGCUUCUCCAGAUGGGCGCCAUCGAUGUGUGCCAAAUCGAUGCCUGCAGACUGGGGGGCGUCAACGAAGUUCUAGCUGUCUUGCUCAUGGCUGCCAAGUACGGCGUCCCUGUCGUUCCGCACUCGGGUGGUGUAGGCCUGCCAGAGUACACGCAGCACCUCAGCACCAUUGACUACGUUGUCGUCAGCGGCAAGCGCUCCGUACUCGAGUAUGUCGACCACCUUCACGAGCACUUUCUGCACCCGUCCGCCAUCAAGGACGGCUAUUAUCAGACUCCACUGGAGCCGGGCUACAGUGUUGAGAUGAAGCCCGAGAGCAUGGACAGGUAUGAAUUUCCGGGCGAGGAGGGAGUGAGCUGGUGGAGGAGCGAAGAGGCCAAGCCCAUUCUCGAGGGCCCAAAGGUCUAG